GAGGUGAACCUGUCGCGGUGUCGGCGAGCAAGACUGCACUGACGAGGCAGGGGCCACCAGGCGGCCACACGUACGCCGCCUACGUGGCACCCGUCCGGGUCCGAAUCAACACGUGUCACCAGCAGCGCGUCUUCAAUCCAGAAAGAUCUGCCACCACGACCAGCACAGCACUCCCCGCUCCAUCCCCCCAACCCGCCCAUCCGUUCCCCACUUCCAUUCACGACCUCUCGCCGCGCCUGCAGAUGGCCGAAUCCGACACGGCGGACGGCAAGAUGGCCGAACCCGACGCGGCGGACGGCAAGAUGGCCAACGGUGAGGUCUCCGACGACGGCCGCGCCGUCGAGGUCUCCGGCGGCGGCGACGACACCCUCCCCGCGGUGCUCCGCGGCUUCGUGGACGGCGUCUGGCCGCCGCCCGGCGACGGCGGAGAUCCGCUCCUGCGGCGCCUCCGCGCGGCGACCUGCGAGGCCGCUCCGCGGCUGCGGGACGCCUCCAGGAACUCGGCCCGCGACCUGCUCGCCUGGACCAAGCAGGGCAGCGGCCUCCGCGCCAUCCUCGUCAUCUCGGUCGGAACAAUCACGAUGAUAUCACUGACUGGCCUGCUGAUUUUCAUGUCCUUCCUUCUGGUUGCGACCGCUAAUGCCAUUAUCGUUUCAGUUCUUAUGUCCUUGGCAGCUGCUGGAGGAUUCCUGGCCUUGUUCUUUGCUUGCUUAGUUGCAGUGUAUGUCGGAGCAGUAUCAAUUGCCAUAUUCGUCGUUUCCGCCACUGUUAUCUCUGCAAUUGUUGGAGUCAUGAUUGCUACUGGUUGGAUCGGAUUCUUUUGGAUGAUUUGGUUUGCCGCAAGGAAGAGCCUGGACCUUACCAAGCACUCAAUCGGCAUGACGACCUCUGCUAUGCAGUCGUAUUCGGCUUCCCGGAGUGUGGGGCAGAAGCUCACAGACUGACUGAGAUAGCAGCAACUGGUUUAGCCCCAAUGCUCUGUAUGUUAUCGCGUCGUCUUGCCGCCUCGCUGCCCUGCUGUUGUUGUGUUAUAUGUGCUGCCUAAAGCGUGCCGUAUGUGUAUCACUUAUUUCGAGUAGAGGACAUGAAUCCGUGUAUAGUUAUCCCGGUUUAGCGUAAGGUACCACCACUCGCCCCUGAACUUUCGGCACCCUGUGUUGUAGUAUACUCAUAGUAACGAAUAAGGCAAUAAUGCCGGCUGUGUUGGCGAGUGCGGGCUAGGUUGUGGUUUUGUGCUGUAAAUGAAGCUAUUCUGUCUGGCUCUGUUGUUGAGGCAUAGAGGAAUGAAUAAAACGUACUGUAGUUGUCAAUUUCA